CCUGGGGGGGUUACAGUCCACUCGAGUCACUCACCAUGGCCGGACGGACGUUUCUACGUUGUAUGAUCAUCGCAUACCUUCUGUGCGGCGUGGCCGCGCGGGGCAGCUUCAGAAAAAAACUUUCCAGAGUUCUCAAUCCAAAACGAAUCUUACAAAAGAUCGGGGUGAUUAAGAAGAAGGACCCGGCGCCGCCGCCACCACUACCGCCGCCGCCGCCACCGCCUCCAAGCAUUCCACAGGAGCCACCAGUGGUAGACGUUCCCAGGUUUACUCUGGUGGCUCCGGACCUGCUGAGGACCGACAGCCCGGAGAACAUCUACCUGCAGGCGGAAAGCAUCGACAGCCCCGUGGAGGUGGUCGUCACCGUGACCGACUUCACCAAGACCAACAUGCUCUUCACAGACACCGUCACGCUGGAUCGGAGCAACGGCUUCCACGCCCUCAAGUCUGUCCAGAUUCCCUCCGAUCCGUUGAAUCGCGACGAGACAAAGAACAAGUACGUGAUAGUGAAGGUGAAAUUCGGAGACCACCACGUGGAGGAGCGGACCGUCCUGGUGUCCUUCCACUCCGGGUACAUCUUCAUCCAGACGGACAAGCCCAUCUACAACCCCGGAGACGAGGUGCGCCUGCGGGCGUUUGUGUCGUCGCUCUCCUUCAAGGCUUCCAACAGCUCUCUGACCGUCGACAUCCAGAACCCGGAAGGAGUGGUGCUCAAGCAGGUCCUGAGGACCAGGGCUUCUUCCGGCAUCUUUUCCGACUCGUUUUACCUGACGGAAAUGGCCAAUGAGGGCAUGUGGAAGGUGAUUGCCAAGUUGGACCACUGGCAGCAGAACACCUUCACCUCCCACUUUGAGGUGAAGAAAUACGUGCUGCCUGCCUUCAACCUGACCUUGGUGCCAAGCAAGUCCUUCCUGACACUGGAUGACAACGAACUGGAGGUGGAGGUCUGGGCCAGGUACUUGUACGGGGAGCCGGUUCAGGGGACGGCCUACGUGUCGUUCGGCCUGAACGUCAACAAGGAGAUGAGAAGGUUGCCUUCGGUCAAGCAGGUGUCCAAUCUGGAGGGCGGCGUGGUCAAGCUGAGCGUGGACGAGCUGAAGGCGGCCUACCCCGAUGUCGGGACUUUGCUGGGGAACUCCAUCUACGUCAAAGCGUCUGUUCUCACCAAGACGGGCAGUGACCUGGUGGAAGCUGAGAAGACGGGCAUCAAGAUUGUCGACUCUCCUUACGUCCUGACCUUUAAAGACACGGUCAAAUACUUCAAACCGGGACUCCCCUUUGACUUCACCAUCCAAGUGAGCCACCACGACGGUUCCCCGGCCCGCAACGUCCCGGUGAAGGUCAACCUCCUGCAGGAUCCCGUGAUGGUCAGCUCGGGCACGGCCAGGCUCACCGCCAACAUGCCCAAAAGUCACAGCCAAGCCCUGGUGGCCGAGACCCAGCAGGCCGACCUCGGGGCCCGGCGGCAGGCCAAAGCCCAAAUGCUCCUGUCGCCGUACGCCAGCUUCUCCCCGCACAGCCCCAACUACUUGUACAUCUCCAGCAGCAGCAACGCGGCGUCUCCGGGCGACACGCUGGCUCUCACCUUCACCGUCCAAACGGCCGAGCAGAACGUCCGGCAACACCUCAAGCACAUCAGCUACCUGGUGAUGAACAAAGGCCGGUUGGUGGAAGCUCAGCGAGUGGACGUGAGCGGUCAGCUGGUGACCAGCGCGCGAGUGGCGGUGACGGCCGACUUGAUGCCGUCCUUCCGCGUGGUGGCCUUCUACAGCCUGCCCACCCAGGAGGUGGUGGCCGACUCCAUCUGGGUGGACGUGACCUCGUCCUGCCUCCCGGAUCUGAGCGUGGGCCCGGUCGGCGUCGGGCCGCCAUACUACACGCCGGGCAAGAACUUGCGGCUGCGGCUCCGAGGCCCGCCGGGGGCCGGCGUCAGCCUGCUGGCCGUGGACAACUCUGUGUUUCUGCUCAAGAAGGAGCGACUGACGCAGAGCAAGGUGUGGGAGACGGUGGAGCGAGGCGACUUGGGCUGCACCCGCGGGGGAGGCGGCGACGCCAGGAGGCUCUUUGGGGACGCCGGCCUGCUCUACGCAUCCAGCACCGGAGUCAGAACCGACACCAGGAAAGACUUGCGCUGCCCCGUCAGCACCAGGAGGAGGCGCUCUGCUCAACUUUUGCAGAGGAAAGCUCAGCUGGAGAGUCACUACAAGGAGAAGCUGUCGCAUCGCUGCUGCAACGACGGCCUUCGGGCCGUGCGCAUGCCGUACUCGUGCACGCGGCGCUCCCUCUACAUCACCGAGGGCUGGGAGUGCAUCCGGGCCUUCCGCUUCUGCUGCGCCAGCUACCGAGGCGAAGCGCUGGACACGGAGAUGCCCAGCACGGCGCUGCCCACCACCACCCCGCUGCCGCCCACCACCACCCCCCGACCCGUCCCCACUCGCCUCCACCUCGGCAGAGAUAUCUUUGAUUGGGGAGGAAGGCGCACGGUGGAAGUUGUCGCCUACAGCGACGCCCACAAGACCUUGUCGCCCAGGGUUUACGCCAGGGGAUUCGCCAUCGCCAAGGAGACCCAAGUCCUCACCCAACAAGCGGAGCGCUUUGAGGAGGGAGACGACGAGUACCUGGAGGAGGAGGAGGAGGUGUACCUGGAGGAGCGGGACGUGUACCUGCGCUUUCGCUUCUACGAGUCGUGGCUGUGGACCGAGGUCCGGCUGCCCGAUCAGGCCGACGCUGACGGGUUGGCGUCGGCCGAGCUGAGCCAGCCUCUGCCCGACAGCAUCACCGAAUGGGGCGUCCUGGCCGUCAGCUCCUCGCCAAACACCGGUUUCUGCGUGGCCGAGCCGUACAACAUCAAGGCGUGGAAGCGCUUCUUCGUGGACUUGAAGCUUCCGUACUCGGUGGCCAGGAACGAGCAGGUGGAGAUUAAAGCCGUCAUCCACAACUACGGAGACGACGAGCUGCACGUGCGGGUGGUGCUGAUGAAGACGGAAGGCAUGUGCAGCGUGGCCUUCCGUGAGCGCCACACUCAGGAAGUCACGCUGGCGGCGGGCACGUCCAAGGCGGUGGCCUACACCAUCAUGCCCCUGGCGGUGGGGCGCCUCCCCAUCGAGGUGAUGGCGGUGGCCCGGGACUCCAUGGGCGGAGACCGCGUGCAGAAACUCCUGCGGGUGGUGAUGGACGGCGUCCAAAAGACCAAAGUCUGGAGUGCCGUCUUGAACCCGGCGGCCGAAGGAGGUAAGCAGAGCGUCCGGGUGGGCAAGGUGGAACUGGAGGGCGUGGUGCCAAACUCCACGCCAGAAACCUUCAUCAACGUACGAGGGAACGUGUUGGCCGACAGCAUCGACAACUCCAUCGCCGACGACUCGCUGGCGUCUCUGAUCCGCAUGCCGGGCGGCUGCGUGGAGCAGAACCUGGCCACCAUCACGCUGCCGCUCAUCGCCACCGUCUACCUGGAGAAGACGGACGACUGGGAGGCGGUGGGGGUGGAGCGCAAGGCCGACGCCCUCAAAUACAUCAGGAGAGGCUAUAAGAACCAGCUGGUCUACAAGAAGAGCGAAGGCUCCUACCCCCCCUACAGGAGGGAGGGCGCAAGCACCUGGAUCACGGCGUACGUGGUGAAGGUGUUCUCCAUGGCCUACUCGGUCAUCGGCGUGGACCCGCAGCAAGUGUGCGACCCGCUGGGCUUCCUGGUGCGCAACAAGCUCCGAUUGCCCGACGGACGCUUUGUGGAGGACAACCCCGUCUACAGUACCACCAUGACUGGCGGCGUGCGCGGCGACGACCCCGAGAUCACGCUGACGGCGUUUGUCCUCAUCGCCUUGGCCGAGGCCAAGCAGACAGGAAUCCAAUGCAGCCAGCAAAGUCUGCAGGAGGAGGCCAUCAUCAGCGCAGCGGCCUUCCUGGGGAAGGCGCUGGCAACGUCAGGCCGGCGGCCGUACACGGUGGCCAUCGCUUCCUACGCGCUGGCCUCGGCAGGAAGAGACCCCGAGCGCACCGUCGCACAGCUCCUCGCGGCGUCUCCCGACGGCAGCCACUGGCCAGACGCUCACAAUCAUCUGUUCUCGCUGGAGGCGAGCGCUUACGCCUUGCUGGCCUUGGUCAAGAUGGCUCGCAUGCCGGAGGCCGCCAAAGUUUUCAAGUGGAUCAACGGCCAGCGCAGGCUGGGCGGAGGCUACGGUUCUACUCAGGCCACCAUGGUAGUGCUGCAGGCGCUCUCCGAGUACCUGAUGAAGUCUCGGGUCACCAGAGACCUCACCCUGAACGUGGACGUCAAGAUGACGGGCCGACGAGACGUCCGGUACCAUUUCGACGCCAGGACCGCCUACGCCGCCCACUCGUCACGGCUUCCGGCUAAUCUGGACCUGACGGUGGAGGCCACAGGCAGCGGGCAGGGGAUACUGGAGGUGGUGACAUACUACAACCAGCUGCAUGAGGUGGACCAAAAGACACCUUGCCAAAACUUUGAGCUCAGUGUCCACCUUGAGGAAUCCAGCGAAAAGCCCCCAGCAGAUGUAGAGAAGUCCUACGUGAUGACCAUCAAAGUCAGGGCGUUAGGGUCCAGCGACCUCAGGAUGGUGGUGCUGGACGUUAGCCUGCCCACGGGCUUCACCCCCGAAAACUCGGACCUGGAGACGCUGUCCAAUUCGGUGGACCGCUACAUCAACAACUUCAAGAUGGUGGACAACCUCAGCGACAGGGGCUCCCUCUUCAUCCACCUCUUCAAGGUGUCCCACAAGGAACCGGAAAUCCUGAUCUUCAGACUCCAGCAGAACUUCAAAGUGGGCCUCCUGCAGCCCUCCUCGGUCACCGUGUACGAGUACUACAACCCCGACCAGCGCUGCACUAAGACCUACGAGCCCCCUCGGGACCAGGAGCAUCUGACGCACAUCUGCAAGGACAACAUCUGCCGCUGCACGCAGGGCGACUGCUGUGUGGCCAAAAGAGACGAGCAGCGCUUUGGUGCCGGUGAAAGGGAGGCCUUUGCCUGCAAGUCGCUGCACCACGUUUUCCUGGUCAAGGUUUUGAGCGUCCAGCAGAGCUACUACGACAACUACGAGCUGGAGAUAGUACGAGUCGUCAAACUGGGCGUGGAGGCGGGAGUGAAGGCGGGUCAGAGCAGGACCUUUGUGUCCCACGCCGGCUGCAGGGACGGCUUGGCCCUGGUGGUGGGCUCCCAAUACCUGCUGAUGGGACCCAAGGAGGAGCGCUGGCACGUGGACACGGACAACGACAGCUUGGUGUACACGUUGGGGGCGGGCACGUGGCUGGAGCGCUGGCCGUCGCCCGACCAAUGCGCCGGCGAAACGCUGCGGGACAAAUGCGCCAAGCUGGCCGCCACCGCCGCCGAGCUGUCGCUCAACGCGUGUCGCUUGUGAGACGCUCGUCGGCGUCAACGGGACUUUUUUGUCUUACUUUUGUGCCGCCGGCCGCUUCAAAAUGGCAAAUGAGCACUUGGACACAUCCGCUACAAUAAAAGCCUCCCAUCAAGAA